CUUCCUGAAAAUUUGCUGAGCAAGUAUGACUGGAUCAAGCAGUGGCAGCUAAAACAGAAACUGAGCAGGAAGAUGGGAGAAAUAAAUGAUGAAAUUAAAGAAUAUUUAAUACUUCUAAGGAAAAAGUGGAAGAAUAUAAGUGAAAUCAAGGGUCCUAUUGAAAAACAAGAAGCUUGUGAUAAAUUGUUUAAAAAUGAAGAGGAGGAGUACAGUCUCUAUGAAGCACUGAAAUUUUUGAUGCUCAACACUGCCAUUGAAUUAUACAAUGAUGAUAAAAAUGGAAGGAGAGUUCCUGUCUUCUCAUGGUUACUGUUUGCACGGGAUACAUCUAGCAACCCUCGUCAGUUAAUGCAUAAUCACUUGAAUCAUAUUGGUCACAGUGGAGGCCUUGAACAAGUGGAAAUGUUUCUCCUUGCUUAUGCUUUGCAGUAUACCAUCCAAGUGUAUCGGCUGUAUAAAUAUAGUACUGAUGAAUUCAUCACGCUUUAUCCCAAUGACCCAGAGGAGGACUGGCCUGUGGUGACUCUCAUAACUGAAGAUGAUAGACAUUAUAAUAUUCCAGUCAGAAUGUGCCAAGAGACUAUGCUGUAAACACGUGAUUUUUUGCAGAUGCUGCUUGUUGAGUUUUCCAGUCCCAUUUUGAAAUGGGAGGAUGAUGAAAUCUGCAUUAUUAAAUCCACAACAACUUUAAAUC